AUGAACUAUAGUAAAAUUUUGUGCUCAGGACUUAAGCCUCAUCCUAAUAAUAACGAUUUCAACAUCAAAAAGCACAAAAAUAAGGCUAGCAAAGAAGAACAACGGGUAAAGCAUAUUUAUAAAACGUCAAUAGAGGUAAGGGAUUAUAAAAAGAUAGUGGUGUCUAUCUGUUUAACGACAAAUGAGCGUGAACGGUACGAGUGUAGUAUUCCAGAUAAGGAAGAGAUCGAGAAAGAGUAUGGGAGCGAAGCAAGAAGAUCUAAAGAAGCUAUUAGAUCCAUGAAUGAUUAUUUUAUAUUUCGUACUUAUUUUAGUAAAGUAAUUCCCCAGUUCAAUAGAAAUGAAAAAUCUCAUAUCACCAGCGAUAUUUGGGCAUCUGCUGAUUCAACUGUUAAAGAUGAAUUCCGAAGUCUUGAAUCUCACUUAAAAAAAGACUUCAAUCAUAAAAAAUUUGUUCACUUUUCUCCUUUUUCUUCUUCAUUGUCGCCAGUAAAUAAAAAUGUUAGACCAAAAUCAAAAACAAAAACAAAAACACAAAAACCUCCACAAGAGCAACCAAAUACUUCCCCUGAUUUUCCAAUUCCUCGGAUUUCUCUUACUUCCCCUAAUAAAGCCACUCACACUGAUAUUUCCAUCCCAUUACCAGAGCAAUCAAAUCCUCAACCAUCGCCACCAUUAAUUGAAAUACAAUACGAAGAUGUGCCAUUUAGUGAAUAUUAUGCUCAAGAAUAUACUCAGGUGCCGGACGAUACUGCAAUUCCAAUACCUAAUUCUGGUUAUCAUACUAGCACUACUGCUCAUAAUAGUUACAGCAGUGGAUAUAGUUCAUCAAUAAACUGUAAUAACGGUUCUUCUAGUUCAUCCUUUACUAGCAGCCCCAGCUUGGCCGGAUCGUUUAAUAGCCCAGGAACCAAACUGUUGCAGAACAACUUCUUAUUAAGCAACAGCCCAAUGAUUUAUUGUGACACAUCACCCUCAGUGACGACACUAUCAUCAAUGUCUUCGCCGGCGAUAGCUCAUAGCCCUUACAGCCCAUUAGUAGCUGCUAAUCCGGAUUCGAAUGAUUACCCACUAUUUGAAACCAACUUUGAAACCAACUUUGAAACCAACUUUGAAUCUUUGUCUAUCAACGAACACGAUAGCAGAUUCAACAACGACUUAAACAACAACGACGAAUUCAACAACGUCGAAUUUAAUAACGACGAAUUUGACAACAACCAACUCAACGAUUUUCUUGCAAAUUUGUCUAACGGAUCUAAUCAUGAUUUCGAAAAUCUUCUCGAUAAUAACAAUACAUCUGGGAACUUAAAUUGGAUGUUUAGAAAUAAUUAA